UGAUUGGCGGUUUUACUUCCUUCGCGCUUCCUUUCCAUCAUUCGCUCCGCUCUUUCAAUUUUACAGAAAAUGGCUACCGAAGAGUUGGUGACUGAGCAAUUUCAAUUUUUAGGAAUAGAUAUACAGAAAGAAGUAUUAACAAAAUGUGUAAGUUUAUGUGAAGAAUAUAACGUUGACGCUGAAACUUUUAUUGAGCAAUGGAUGGCAUUCAGUUUGACUCACUUAAAUGGGUGUCCGCCUACUUUGGAGAACUUGAAAUUACUUGAGAAAAAGGAAUUUUCCAAAGCAACAAGUAGGCCCAACGCUCUCACUAAUGAUGCGGCAAGUACCGGCUCAAGUUUGACGGUUUACGGGGCGCAAGUUUCCACUCAGCCAGAUAAUGAAGUGCUUUCGGAUUAUAUGACGACCACUCCUAAGAGAGUAAAAAUAGAAACAGAAGUGGUAACAACUCAAGAAUUACAACCAGCAACAUACUCACCUGUUGUCGGCAAUUCGGCUAAAUAUGCAUCGAGGGCAAACCCGGGAACAGUUGUCCAUUCAUUCGGCGAAGAUAAGAUCCUACAAGCGCUCGCCAAAGCUAACGGACCUAAUGAUAUAUUGGACCUUUGUAUCACUCAAGUGCCUAAUGAAGAUGGUGAUAUGUAUACGAAAGCUAUGUUUGGUUUUGAACUCUUACAUGAAAAAGCAAGUACAUUCGAUAAUCAUAUUCAAUAUGUCUCACAAUGUAUUUUGAAGAAAGCCGGCCUCACAGAAACUACCUCAGUGAAACAAAAAUCACAGACAGAAGUGUUAGUGGCCGGGCGAAUAGAAUGCGACGCUGACGCCAGAUUGAACUCGAAGAGCGUUGUUCUGCAAGGCACAUGGGAAGCCUCUCUCAGCCAAGCUGUUACUGUUGAUAUGGAUAGUUUGAAACAAUAUUCGUUGUUCCCCGGACAAGUGGUGGUGAUGCGUGGCCUCAACCCGCGCGGUGACAAGUUUAUCCCGCAAGAUGUGUACUGCGAUGCUGCUCAACCAAUACCAAACCCCAAAUCUGAUAUGAUGAAUACUUUGAAAGGUCCCUUAUCAAUGUUAGUGGUGGCUGGACCUUAUACCACUUCUGAUAAUAUGAGUUAUGAACCAUUGAAGGAUUUUAUAACAUAUGUUGGUAAUCAUAGACCACAUGUUGUGAUAAUGACUGGACCAUUCAUGGAUUGUGACCACAUUAAAGUCAAGGAUAACACAAUGGCCGAAACAUAUAAAAGUUUUUUUGACAAAUUGAUGGAUAGUUUAGGAGAAUUGAAUACAACAAGCCCAUACACAAAAGUAUACAUAGUAUCAAGCUCCAAGGAUGUGUUCCAUGUGAACAUGUUCCCCACACCACCAUACUGCAGCCGCAAGAGACAUACAAAUGUCCACUUCCUGCCUGACCCUUGUACAUUGAAUGUCAAUGGUAUCAUCAUAGGUGUCACCAGUACUGAUAUAUUAAUGCACAUAAGCCAAGAGGAAAUAUCACUGGGCAUGGGCGGUGACAAGCUUGCUCGUUUAGCAAAUCAUGUGGUAAUGCAGCGAACGUACUACCCGCUGUGGCCGCCGCCUCCAGGACUUUGUCUGGACGCAGCGCUGUGGGCGGCGCACGCGCAGCUACCUUGCACACCGCAUGUACUGGUGCUGCCAUCUAACUUCAGAUAUUUUAUUAAGGACGUGAAUGGAUGUGUUGUUGUGAAUCCUGAACAUUUAACAAAAGGUACUGGCGGUGGCACAUUCUCAAGAAUACUUAUUACUGACAGCGGAGAUUUACCGAAAAAAAUUGCCGCACAAAUUGUUCGUAUUUAAAACAAAAUAAAC